UGGUUGGAGACUGGUGAUGUGAUGCGCUUCAGCGGCGAGUGAGUGAAAUAGAGAGUGCAUGCGGCCAACAGACCACCACACAGCCUGAAGAAUUUACUAAAAUAUUGAUUAGGCCUCAAGAACAACCAUGCGAGCGCUACUGGGUUUGUUGGUGUGUUCCCUGACUGUUCUCUUUGUCCAUGGUUUGUACUCUGCCAGUGAUGAUGUAAUUGAACUCAAUCCCUCCAAUUUUAACAGGGAGGUCAUACAGAGUGACAGCCUUUGGCUGGUAGAGUUUUAUGCCCCUUGGUGUGGUCACUGCAAGAACUUGGUUCCUGAAUGGAAGAAAGCAGCCUCAGCUUUGAAGGGCAUUGUGAAGGUGGGUGCUGUGGAUGCAGACCAGCACAACUCAUUGGGAGGCCAAUAUGGAGUCCGAGGCUUCCCAACCAUCAAGAUCUUUGGGGCCAACAAACAAAAACCAGAGGAAUUCCAAGGUGGGCGUAGCAGUCAGGCUAUUGUAGAUACAGCUCUGAAUGCUCUCCGCUCCCUAGUAAAAGACAGACUUGGUGGAAAGACUGGAGGUUCAGACUAUGGCAGACAGAGUGGAAGCGGUAGCGCUGGCAGUAAGAAAGAUGUGGUGGAGUUGACUGAUGAUAACUUUGACCGAACUGUGUUGGACAGCGAUGAUGUCUGGUUGGUGGAAUUCUUUGCUCCCUGGUGUGGACACUGCAAAAAUCUUGAGCCUGAAUGGACAGCAGCUGCCACAGAAGUCAAAGAGCAGACAAAGGGAAAAGUGAAACUGGGUGCUGUGGAUGCUACUGUCCACCAGGGCGUGGCAAGCCGCUAUGGGGUUCGAGGAUUCCCCACCAUCAAGAUCUUUCGUAAGGGAGAGGAGCCAGAGGACUAUCAGGGGGGGCGCACCAGAUCUGACAUCAUCGCUCGUGCCUUGGACCUCUUCUCUGACAAUGUCCCUCCUCCAGAGCUUCAGGAGAUUCUGAAUGAAAAUGUCUUAAAGAAGACCUGCGAAGACUACCAGCUGUGUAUUAUAGCUGUGCUGCCUCACAUUCUAGACACUGGUGCAUCCGGAAGAACUGGUUACCUGGAGGUUAUGAAGAAGAUGGCAGAGAAAUACAAAAAGAAGAUGUGGGGUUGGUUGUGGACUGAAGCAGGGGCUCAGAUGGAUCUGGAGGCUUCUCUUGGGAUUGGAGGAUUUGGCUAUCCUGCCAUGGCAGCAAUUAAUUCUCGCAAGAUGAAGUUUGCUCUGCUCAGAGGUUCCUUCAGCGAAACGGGCAUCCAUGAAUUCCUUAGAGAACUUUCUUUUGGCCGUGGUUCCACUGCUACAGUGGGAGGCGGAGCUUUGCCUAAGAUCAACAGUGUAGAGCCCUGGGAUGGGAAAGAUGGAGUGCUUCCUUUGGAGGAUGACAUUGACCUGAGUGAUGUGGAUCUGGACGAUUUGGGGAAGGUUGAGUUAUGAGAGGGUGUAGUCUAAACUACUCUAGACUACUAAGACCCAAACAAUACCCAUGUCUUCUCUCCCAUGGAUGAGGGGAUGUUUGGGACACAAAAUUCACAAAUAAAGCAAAUGGUUGUGCAGCUUUUAAAAAAAAAAAAAUAUCCCCAUUAGUUUAAAAA